GCUGAACCUCUCCCACCAAUCACAUGCUGUGGAAGCUGGAGGUGGGUCUGCCUGUGACUGUGUAUCACCAGCCUGCUGCAUCCCCCAGCCCGAUCUCACCAUGCUGCAGCUAAGCCUUCCUCUCUCCAGACAUUUUCUGCUGCGGAGGAGAAUCUUCUCUUCCUGCUGUAGACAGGCUGCUGCUAUGUCUGCUCUGCUAAUUAACCAACCACAGUAUUCAUGGCUUAAAGACUUGGGCUUGAAGGAGGAGAACGAUGGUGUGUACAAUGGAGCCUGGGGAGGCAGAGGAGAGGUCAUAACAUCGUAUUGUCCUGCUAACAAUUCACCAAUCGCCAGAGUUAGACAGGCCACACUUGAUGAGUACAAUGAAACGGUUACCAAGGCAAAAAAAGCCUGGCAAAUAUGGGCAGAUAUUCCUGCUCCUAAACGUGGGGAGAUUGUGCGACAAAUCGGUGAUGCUCUUAGAAAAAAGAUCAAGCUUUUAGGACACCUGGAAUCGCUGGAGAUGGGAAAGAUCUUAGUAGAAGGAGUUGGAGAAGUACAAGAAUACAUUGAUAUAUGUGAUUAUGCUGUUGGUCUUUCACGUAUUAUUGGAGGACCUAUAUUACCAUCAGAAAGACCUGGGCAUGCGCUGAUUGAGCAGUGGAAUCCUGUGGGAUUGGUCGGAAUUAUCACCGCUUUCAAUUUUCCAGUUGCUGUAUAUGGCUGGAACAAUGCUCUUGCUCUGAUCUGUGGGAAUGUUUGUCUAUGGAAGGGUGCUCCCACCACAUCCCUCACUAGUGUGGCAGUGACAAAAAUAGUUGCUCAAGUACUAGAAGACAAUAACUUGCCUGGUGCAAUAUGCUCUUUGACCUGUGGUGGCGCUGACAUUGGCAAUGCUAUAGCCAAAGAUGUGCGUGUAGAUCUGGUGUCCUUCACUGGCAGCACAAACGUGGGGAAACAAGUAGCUCUGAAGGUUCAAGAGCGAUUUGGACGGCAGUUACUUGAACUUGGGGGAAACAACGCGAUCAUUGUGUUUGAAGAUGCUGAUCUUAACUUAGUUACCCCAUCCGUUCUGUUUGCGGCGGUUGGCACCGCAGGUCAGAGGUGCACUACUGCCAGACGCCUGUUUUUACAUGAAAGCAUUUAUGAUGAGAUUGUGCAAAAACUGUCUAAGGCCUAUGCACAAGUGCGCAUUGGAGAUCCAUGGGAAUCUGACACGUUGUGUGGGCCUCUACAUACCAAGCAGGCUGUUGAAAUGUUUCUCUCUGCUAUUGAGCAAGCAAAAUGUGAAGGGGGUACAGUUGUUUGUGGUGGUAAGGUAAUUGAUCGCCCAGGGAAUUAUGUUGAACCAACAAUCAUGACUGGCCUUGCUCAUGAUUCCCCCAUUGUUCACAAAGAAACAUUUGCUCCUAUACUCUACAUCAUAAAGUUUAAGACUGAAGAAGAAGCUUUUGCAUGGAAUAAUGAGGUGAAACAAGGCCUUUCCAGUAGUAUCUUCACAAAGGACUUGGGAAGGAUUUUUCGCUGGCUUGGGCCAAAGGGAUCAGACUGUGGUUUGGUGAAUGUGAAUAUCCCAACCAGUGGAGCUGAGAUUGGUGGAGCAUUUGGUGGUGAAAAGCACACAGGUGGUGGCAGAGAGUCUGGUAGUGAUUCCUGGAAGCAUUAUAUGAGGAGAUCUACAUGUACCAUCAAUUACAGCAAAGAGUUGCCUUUAGCACAAGGCAUAAAGUUCCAGUGAACCGACACUAGGUGACACUCUUGUAACUUUCUAGCAACAGACUCCAGAUCAUUACACAAAUGUGUCCAGAAAAGACAAUCUCAUGAAUUGACUAUUUCAAAGUUACAGAUUUGUCAGACAAAUGUGACAAAAAUAUAAUUGCUUGUAUAACUAAAUCCCAGUAAGAAAUAAAACCAAUUGGAGAAGUCUGAUCUCUGCAGGAAGACGACAUCACCGCUGCUAGAUGAGAUGAUCGCUGAGAAUCCUAUUGGGCUGUUCAUCCUCUUCUGCGUCAUUUUUUAUUAUGGUGUAGGGGAUGAAUACGGGAAAGAUAGAAAAUCCACUAUUGUGUAGUAGAAACAGCAUUUGCAUUUGACACGUUUAGAAAAAAAAAAAAAGACCACUUUGAGUCAAGUUUGUUAAUGUCUUUAUUCCUUUUUUUUUGUUCACUGUAAUUUGAACAAGCAAGUGCAGGUGGACCCAUGUUAAUAUGCAGGUAGUGCUUUGCUUACUUUGGUAUGUUUUUGCUGAGCUUUUCCCAUAAAAGCAUGAUGCGACCAAGGAAUCAUGCUUUUAUGCAGGAACUCAUAUCCUGCUAUAGUAGGACCAUUAUUUGGAUGACACUCAAUGAAACUUUACCUAAUGUGUCCAGGGAUUGCAAUCAUUUUGAAAAUACAAAAUUAUCUUCCUUUAAGCAAAGAAGUACUGUAUGUAUAGCUGUUUGUAAGCAAGUAGGUAUGCACCGUUAUAUACAGAUGGGUCCACAUUUAUCUUGACCUUUUAAUAGGAUUAACUGAGACUGGCCAGUCGGACUUAAUCUCCUGCUGUAAUGUUCUCUGUAUUGUAUUGCAGCUGAGAACAAUAGAUGAAGGGUUUAUGCUAAUAAGUCAUGUUGUGACUAGGCGCAGAAAACUAGUCAAGAUAACCGUGGACCUAUCUGUAUAUAUUCUUGACCUCAAUCUGGUAACCGCAGCAGUGAUUUGGUAACUUCCUGCCGUAAUGGGUUGAUCAGGUUUUAUCUUCCUGUGUUUGCAGCAUUGGUCAGCUAGAUUGUCAGUCUGCUGCAGAAAUUCUCUAAAAUUACAUAGAAAUACUCUGACAUUUAAAGGUGCAUACACACUGGGUGUUUUUGCCCAGCGUGCAUGCACAGCAAUGAUGUGAACAUCACUGGGCAGAUAAUCGCACAGUGCAUACACACUGAGCAGUUUUCACUGUGUCCAGCGAUAUUUGCGGGGGUGAAGCAUUUUCCGCAGUAGGAGACUGUGGAAAGUGUUUCACUUGGCUGUACAAGCCGGACAGAUGGCGGCAGCCAGCGAUGAUGCGGGAGAGUCCGGCCAUACACACUGUCCGAGUUUGAGCUCAAAACGCCAAAAGUGAGCUACUUUGAGCUCAAAAUCGGCUAGUGUGUAUUGGCCUAAACAAAGAUGCUGGAACUGGAUUCAAAAUGAGGUUUAAUUGCAUGUCAAGAGAAGAAGGAAAUAUAUCUACAUCUUACGGUAUAAUCAUUGUUCUGAAGAAAGUUCCCAGGUAUUGGUACGUUUAACAUAACCAGUGAUAAUCCUAUAUGAAAAUGAAAAGCUCCUACCCAGCUGAUUAUGCUGAUUGAGCCCCACAUGAUCCAGUUGUUUUGGCAAUUGCGUUGAACAAUCACAUCUGGCUGUGUGUGAGCAGCCUUUGGAUCAGUAUUACUUUUAUGUCUGUCUCGAGGAAAAACUAAUAUUGAGUAAUCAAGAAAUCAAAUCUGUAAGAACACAUUAGCACCAAUACUCUAUCCUUAACUAAUAACCCCAAUAUACAGAUCUCCCUACCAUAAAACCUGUAUUUCCCGGUCAAUGCGUCUGGAGGUAGGCUCAUCAGAAAGACUUCUGAGCAUUGCCUAUAACAAAUGACCUAUUGUUUUGAACCCUGAUCUCUGACAGAUCACUGGCACAUUACAGGAUAAAAUGCUGCAAUCACUGUUUAUGACCCUAGAAAUCAUUUACUACUGUAUGCUUCACUUUUAGAGCAGGAAAUCUCACUGCAUAGGGGAUUAUGUACAGUAAGUCAUCCUGCUCUGGACAGUACUUCCUCAUUAUAGAAUCUAAUUUUACAUUUAUGUACUGUAUGCUCAAUUUUAUAAAAUGACUGUGGAAACAA